GUUUGUCGCAUAGUGCUCAGAACAGUGAUCACGAUUUAUGUUAUAAGGGCUUAAGGGUACUCCUUCCACUUUGGUAUAGUAUGCGACGCCCUUCCUCAGCCGUCACCCCUGUGUCGGGUGACGGCCCAUCACUUGAUACACCACCAUUCCUACCCCAGACUUCAUCUACCCACUCAUCCUCAGUCACAACAUCUACAUCACAACGGAUGACCGUAAAGCGCGAUGAUAGCGACCGCUUAAGCUAUCCAUGGCAAGUGGAUCAGCAGCCUGAUAUUGUGCGCGACAAUUUCAAGGGCUUUUGGACAAACACCAAGGAAAGCUACAAGCGCAAGGUCGAAACCUACACAUGGCUGGACUGGCUAGGCUUUUUCCUUCCGUGCGUCCGUUGGCUACGCACCUACAAGAUCAAGGAGUACUUGCUGGCUGACCUCGUGGCCGGCAUCAGCGUGGGCUUCAUGGUCGUACCGCAGGGCAUGUCGUACGCUAACCUCGCGGGACUGCCCUCCGUGUACGGCUUGUACGGCGCCUUCCUGC